ACAUUUAAACCACAUCAGAUACUCGUGUUUGUGUUUGUGAGUGGCCAGCGUGUUUCAGAGGAGGAAAUACUACUAGUUUUGUGUUUGAAGGAAGCUAUGCCGGAGAAACGAAAAGUUCGCAGGUGUCUGUUCGGGCGACCGGAUCACGACGUUCUGAAAAAGGAGUUAGAAAAGACAUUACGCGAUGUGGAAGAUGGCAGCGUGCAAAAACAGAAAUGGAAUUUCGAUUUCGAUAUAGGUAGACCGAUAAGAAAUAAUGGUCGUAUCGAAUGGACGAAAGUCGACAAUGACUGUUACAUUCCGGAGUUUUACCGAAAGGGUUAUUCUACAAAAACUAAAAUGUUCCGUGGUUUACAUAGUAGCGAGUUGCUCACACAGCCGUCUGUUCCGCGAUCUACGACGCAGUUGGACACGUUGUCCCAAGGGAAUACCACCACCAACUGCUCCCCGCGUGUCACGGACAUGGCGGACGUUCGGACACAGACGGAGAGCGUCCAGAUGGACGUUGCUGUUGUUAACUCAAAGAGACACGUGUGUGGAAGUAGUAUUACUAAAUCUCGCAACGGCAGCGCCGUGCAAUCUACAAUACCUGAUCACAUGGCUGUAAGGAAACGGUUACGGGCCUCUCCUGUGGACGUGUACAUAGCCGCAAAAGCCCCCAGGAUGUAGUGUCCAUACAUCUACAGAUAUUUAUUUAUCCGGGAAGUGCUAUGCAAAAGGAUUUAGCUGGAUUUAAAUCUCACCAGAAGAUUCACUGUGCAUAGGAACCGUAUCGGGCAGACUGCAAUAAUGUGGAGUAACUAGUCAGCAGAAAAAAGAUGCAAGUCAUUCCAAGUUGCAGAGCAAUUACUUGAGAGACCGUUCCGGAUCCAGAUACAUUCCUGUAUGGAUGUACCGCUUCUGACACCAGGAACGAGAGAAAUCUUCAUCUGUGUACCAAGUUGGCACCAGGCAAUCAGAAGAGCCGUUCGAGCUCUGAUCUCACAGGCAACUUGGUGACAUGGGUCUCCUUUUGGUCAUCACUUCAGAAGAAAAAAAUGGCAUCAAUUGUCAGUGCUCAAAUGCGAUGACCAAUAUUGUGCACAAAUCCAGCAGUCCUUGCAAAUACAUUGUGAUAUGAACAUUGAACACUUUCCUGCUCACACAUAGAGCAUCAAGGAAAUUAAGAAAUAUAAACACAAAAUUAAUAUAUUUUGACUUUUGAAAGGAGGACUACCAGGGAUUAUGUACACUUGAUUUUGACGGUGUCCAUGAUCUGUUUUUAUGAUCUCUUGAUAUGUGUUGACGUUUUAGUUUUUAAACGUUACACGUACAUCAGGUUGUUCUUGAAUGUUAGCCGAAGAAGCAGUGUUUAAUUUUUCAUAAACAUUUGCCAUUCUAGCUAACAGUAACUGCCAAGUUUAUAAUGAGUCAUGGAUUGCUGUAAUCCAUUGGUUUUUAAAAACAAAAAACCCCAACUAAUAUGUUGCAAUACCAGUACAUGAUUCUAAUAAAACGUGAAGCUAAAACGAUAAUAAUUUACUAUAUUUAAGCUUCAUAUUGUAUAAUGUUCUAUUUUUAAGCUGCAAAAUGUUAGGUCUGCACUAAAAGGUAGAUACUGCUGUAGACCUACUAAAUCUAAUUUCAUGUCUUGCCAAUUGAUACCAUGCCAUUAAAUGGUGAAUACAAUGAAGAAAUGGUCUUCCACUUCAAUAUAAAUGUUUAAACAUUUCAUUUUCUUCCACAUUACUUACUUAUUGACGGUUUCUGACCACCUGUUUUUUUUUUACCCAGCAUUACAAACGCGAAGUAUCAAAAUUAGUUUUGAAAGUAUUUAUUGUAAUUUAUUUAAAUUAUGAAACUGGCUAUUUAUUCAUUCCCAACAGUACUGCAAAUAUAUUUAUUUAUUUAUUAAAAAAUGAAUCUGUGGAGAGAGAAAAAGUCAUUCAUUUGCAUGUCUUCAGCUUUAUCAUGGUUUUAUAUAUAUAUAUAUAUAUAUAAAGGCUGCGGUGGUCUUGUCUUAGCGUGUUCCAUUAUACCAUUGGAAACUGAAUUAUUACCAAAACAUUGAGACCACAGACAUAACAAAAUCGAGAUACUUUCAGCAGUUGCUAGGCAUCUUGUUUCCUAUUUGAUUUGAUUAAAACAAAAAUCAUUAGCCUUAUCUUUUUAGUCCAUUUGGAAAUAUGCAGUGUAAUGGCCUGGGGAUACAUGAUUCAAUAAUUAUUAACUCAAAUAACACAUUUGCAUUAAAAUUAAAUUCAACGCUUCUGUUUCUAUUUAAACAGCUGUUGCGUCUUGAGAGUUCCACCUUUGUUAAAUACCAGUUUUCCUCUUUAUUUGUUUAAUUCUCAUUUGGCUUGUUCCAGUUUUACUUUUGGAUCAUGUAUGCCAACCUUCAUACACUGUAAGGGCUGUGCAAUUGUUUGCCUAGCAGAGACUAGGCCAAAAAUGUUGAUCUCCCAAAUUCACCAUUUUCCAUCGUUUGAAUUAGCAUGUUGUAAAUAAAUAUAUACAUAUAUAUAUUAUACAUAAAUGUUUUGUAUGUUACCAUAUAUGGGACUUUUUUGCCUUUGCAGGCAAAUAUCUUUGUUACACAUAUAUAUAUGAAGAAAAUAUGCAUAAUGAACAUCAAAAGAAUAAACAAUUAAAUGAU